GUGAACUAUCCCUUUAAAUUUAACCAGUGCAACCAUGUUGUCACCAUUAUUCGAUACAAAAGGAGUGGAUCUGCCAUCCCUUCCCUUCCCUUCCCCCAUCACCACCACCACCAUCAUCAUCACCGCCGGACCAGUGAACACCAGGCUCGGUACAUCAUUUCACCGUGAUGGCAAAUGAAUUCCCAGAAAGCAGAGAAGGAACUGCCAACUCACGCCAUGCCAACCUCACGUCGUCUCUAGACCUGAGCACGUCUCUAGAUCACAGUGUGCAGACGCGGAUUUUUAAAAUCAUUGUCAUCGGAGACUCAAAUGUGGGCAAGACCUGUUUAGCCUUCCGCUUCACCGGCGGAGCCUUCCCCUGUAAGACUGAAGCCACCAUCGGCGUGGAUUUCAGGGAGAAAGCCGUGGAGCUCGAGGGCGAGAAAAUAAAGUGGAAGUGUGACAGACAGCAGCAUCGCGAGGAAGCUCAAUGUUUACAUUACGAGUAA